ACAUUUAAAGACCAUCCGUUAACCCGAACUCACAAGUGGCAUAAUCAGGGUAUAAAUACGACAGUUGGUACAAAUAGUUCAAACCCCAAGCAGUCAGACCCUCGUUACGAGCCUAACACAUCGUUAUUAACCACUAUAUUAUUAUUUGGAACUGUUCUUCUUACUGUUCGCCUUCGUAAGUUUCGACACAGUCAUUUCUUUGGCAGAAAGGUACGUUACCAGCCGAUAACUUCAUGAAACAAAGUAGGAAACAAACUCAUGAGGUUAAAUAGAAUUAAGCAAGGCUAACGGCAGAUGUAUUAUGCAUGCAUGAGGGAAGCCCAUGACGUCACAGCUGUUAUUAAGGGGUUGUGCCUUAAUAACCGUUCGUGGCGACCUGAUCGGAUCAAUUGCCUGUUUUUGCCUUGCCUUGUUGCAGCAAGUUGUGCUUGUUAAACUUGGUUAGUUCAACAAGUACAAUGUAUAGACCACUAUACAGGGUGUAUCAAAAAAAACUGAACAGAUUUGAAAUUGCUCUCAAUUUCGCAAAACACCUAUUUGUAUCCGGUUUUUUAUGGAUAUAGCUUCUUUGGGUACUUAUAAUGUAGAAUAAUGAAAAAAAUUUCUUGAACUCAAAUAUUGUGAACCAGGGGGGGGUGUCUUUUCCAACAAACCAAAAAUGGCUCGCGCACAAAAUUUAAAAGCUGCAAUCAUAUUUUAAGUUAACAGAUGGAAAAUUUGUCGGGCUUUUAAUUACUGUACAAAAUUUCAGACAAUUUGGUUUAGUUUAAGCGCCUUAACUAUUCACGCAAAGUUACAUUUUUCCUAAAAAUCAGCUAUUUCCAUGCUUAAUUAAUGCAUUUGCCUAAUUUGCAUAUGUCAGCAAUAUGCAAAUUAGGUAAAGGCAUUAAUUAAGCAUGCGAAAGGCUGACUUUUUAGAACAAAAUGAAUAGUUAAAGGCUUACACUAAACCAAAUUGUCUGAAAUUUUGUACGGUAAUUAAAAACCCGACAUAUUUUCCAUCUAUUAACGCAAAAUAUGAUUACAGCUUUUAAAUUUUGUGCGCGAGCCAUUUUUAGUUUGUUGGAAAAGACACACCCCCCUGGUCCACAAAAUUUGAGUUCGACAAAUUUUUUUCAUUAUUUUACAUUAUAAGUACCCAAAAAAGCUAUAUAUGUAAAAAACCGGAUACAAAUAUGUGUUUUGCGAAAUUGAGAGCAAUUUCAAAUCUGUUCAGUUUUUUUUUAUACACCCUGUAGAUUGUAUUUCUUCCACUGACUCGUCAAUGUGACAGCUGCUGGAGGGAUGCCUUCACAGAAUUGUCAUGGCGAACUCCUAUGCUGCUAUUUUACCGGCUGCUGCUGUAAUUGUUGUUGCUGCUCUGUUACUAAUCUGUUGCCGCAUUCUUGCUAUGCAGAGAACCUAUAAUUGCGUGCAUUUUUCACAGGAAUCACAGUUGCUCUGGUUAGGUCUAAAAAAUGUAUAAAAUUUACACUUUUGUAUAAUUUUCCUCCAUAUUUUUCCAGGGACGUCGGACAGUAAGCGACUUUGGAAUGGCGAUCUCUAUAUUCGCCAUGACAUUACUGGACUUCUCCAUCAAGGACGUCUAUACACAAAAGAUGCCUGAACUAUCAAGUCUACAACCUACAGUCCCCGAGAAGCGUGGAUGGUUCGUGGGUCCCGCGGGGAUCCACGCGGGAUGGAUGUUCGCCGCAGUUAUCCCGGCAGUCUUUGUGAGCAUUCUGUUGUUUAUGGAAACAGAACUGACGGGAAUUGUUUUGAACAAGAAAGAGAACAACCUGCGCAAAGGCGCCGG